UCUUCAAUGUGUUUCUAAAAUGCAAGUUGUGAAAGUCCUUUGGGCUUUUCUUUGGAUCCUUCCUCAGGCCCUGGCAACGGAUUCUUGCGCAGGACAAUCGUUUGGAUCCAGAGCAGUUGACCUCGAAGAUCCCCAUUCGUAUUAUCUCUGCCUGGGUUUCCUUGGCCACAUAAAAAAUACAUGCAAAGAUGGAUAUUUUUUUGAUGACCAGACGCAGGGAUGUGUGAUUAAUAACCAGCCAACCCCAAAAACACUUCAAGCCCCAAAAAAGAAUUCGGAUAAAAAUGAAGUUAGCAUCACACAAAAUGUGAACGUGGACAGACCAGUUAUAUUUAACAUCUUUGGAAACUUCAAUUUAUUUGCAAGUCUAUGGGGCAGCUCCGAGAAUACGACUUCUUCGCCCCCGAAAUCCAGCCCAAUUUCUCAUCUGCAAUUACUUUAUGGAGCUGAGGAGAUUGACCCGUUGUCUUCCAUUAAUGCAACAACUCCCAGCCCCCUAGAUGAUUCUCUGGGCAGGUCUACUGAGAAUAGCAUAUUAAGCUCAGAAGCUCAAAUUGAGAUCGAUUCCAGAUCGCCAAAUUCGUCAAUAGGAUCUGAACCAGACAUUUCAACACAGAAAACUAGCUCCAGCUCAAAAAAAUUGUUUUUCACAAAAUUAUUAUCAUACCCAGCUAAAUCGAAAAACACUGAAAAUGCUUUGUCCACAGAAUUUUCCUUAGUAGAAAGCUUAGGCUUGGAGAAUCCAUUGUCUACAAAAUCAUCAACAAGUUCUGAAAUUCCCUCAAUCUCAAUCAAUCCAGAAUCAUCAACAAGCGUGACGGACAGUUCAUCACCAACUGAAUCUGCUGCAGAAAGUUCCACGCAAGCAAGUAUCUCAAGCUCGGAAAGUACCUCGUCCACAGAAGGUUUCUUAGAAGAUCUAAUCUUAAGGUCAAAAAGUCCUUUCUCUACAGAGUCAUCAACUGAGAUUGAUUUAAGUUCACAAAGCUUCUCAACUGAAUCUGCUCCAGAAAGUUCUACCCAAGAAAAUAGUGCAAGUUCGGAUAACCCCUUGUCCACAGAAUCAUCAACCGAAACCAUAAAGGAGCUUUUGUCAUCGGAAUCAUUACUAAGAACCUCUGAAAGUCCGUUGUCCACGGAAUCUUCAUCAGAAAGUUGGACACCAGAUGGUGGAUCGUCAUCUGAAAAUCCGUUGACCAUAGAUUCUUCAUCAGAAAGUUCGACACAAGAUAGUGAAUCAACCUUUGAAAGUCUGUUGUCCAUAGAAUCAUCAACAGAACCUUCAUCAGAUAGUUCGACGCCAGAUAGUGAGUCAACCUCUGAAAGUCCGUUUUCCACAGGAUCAUCAACAGAACCUUCAUCAGAUAAUUCAACGCAAGAUAGUGAAACCUCUGAAAGUCUGUUGCCCACAGAAUCCUCAGCAGAGUCAUCACCAGAAAGUUCAACGCCAGAUAGUGAAUCCACCUCUGAAGAUCCGUUGUCCACAGAAUCAUCCCCACAGUCUUCAUCGGAUAGUUCGACGCAAGAUAGCGAAUCAACCUCUGAAAGUGCGUUGUCCACAGGAUCAUCGUCUAUAGAUAGUGAACAAACCUCUGAAAGUCCGUUGACCACACCACCAUCGACAGAAUCUUCAUCAGAUAAUUCUGAAGGUCCGUUGUCCACAGAAUCAUCGACAGAAUCUUCACCAGAAAAUUCGACGCAAGAUAGUGAAUCAACCUCUGAAAGUCCGUUGACCACGGAAUCAUCGACAGAAUCUUCAUCAGAAAUUCCGUCGUCCACAGAAUCCUCAGCAGAGUCAUCCUCAGAAAGUUCGACGCCAUAUAGUGAAUCAACCUCUGAAAGUCCGUUGUCCACAGAAUCAUCAACAGAGUCUUCGUCAGAUAGUUCGACGCAAGACAGCGAAUCAACCUCUGAAAGUCCGUUGUCCACAGGAUCAUCAUCUAUAGAUAGUGAACCAACCUCCGAAAGUCCGUUGACCACAGAACCAUCGACAGAAUCUUCAUCAGAUAAUUUGACGGAAGAUAGUGAAUCAACUUCCGAAGGUCCGUUGACCACAGAAUCAUCAACAGAAUCUACAUCAGAUAAUUCGACGCAAGAUAGUGAAACAACCUCUGAAAACCCGUUGUCCACAGAACCCUCAGCAGAGUCAUCAUCAGAAAGUUCGACGCCAGAUAGUAAAUCAACCUCUGAAGGUCCAUUGUCCACAGAAUCAACAGCAGAGUCUUCAUCAGAUAGUUCGACGCAAGAUAGCGAACCAACCUCUGAAAGUCCGUUGUCCACAGGAUCAUCAUCUAUAGAUAGUGAACCAACCUCCGAAAGUCCGUUGACCACAGAACCAUCGACAGAAUCUUCAUCAGAUAAUUUGACGGAAGAUAGUGAAUCAACUUCCGAAGGUCCGUUGACCACAGAAUCAUCAACAGAAUCUACAUCAGAUAAUUCGACGCAAGAUAGUGAAACAACCUCUGAAAACCCGUUGUCCACAGAAUCCUCAGCAGAGUCAUCCUCAGAAAGUUCGACGCCAUAUAGUGAAUCAACCUCUGAAAGUCCGUUGUCCACAGAAUCAUCAACAGAGUCUUCGUCAGAUAGUUCGACGCAAGACAGCGAAUCAACCUCUGAAAGUCCGUUGUCCACAGGAUCAUCAUCUAUAGAUAGUGAACCAACCUCCGAAAGUCCGUUGACCACAGAACCAUCGACAGAAUCUUCAUCAGAUAAUUUGACGGAAGAUAGUGAAUCAACUUCCGAAGGUCCGUUGACCACAGAAUCAUCAACAGAAUCUACAUCAGAUAAUUCGACGCAAGAUAGUGAAACAACCUCUGAAAACCCGUUGUCCACAGAACCCUCAGCAGAGUCAUCAUCAGAAAGUUCGACGCCAGAUAGUAAAUCAACCUCUGAAGGUCCAUUGUCCACAGAACCAACAGCAGAGUCUUCAUCAGAUAGUUCGACGCAAGAUAGCGAAUCAACCUCUGAAAGUCCGUUGUCCACAGGAUCAUCGUCUAUAGAUAGUGAACCAACCUCCGAAAGUCCGUUGACCACAGAACCAUCGACAGAAUCUUCAUCAGAUAAUUUGACGAAAGAUAGUGAAUCAACUUCCGAAGGUCCGUUGACCACAGAAUCAUCAACAGAAUCUACAUCAGAUAAUUCGACGCAAGAUAGUGAAACAACCUCUGAAAACCCGUUGUCCACAGAAUCCUCAGCAGAGUCAUCAUCAGAAAGUUCGACGCCAGAUAGCGAAUCAACCUCUGAAAGUCCGUUGUCCACAGGAUCAUCAUCUAUAGAUAGUGAACCAACUUCUGAAAGUCCGUUGACCACAGAACCAUCGACAGAAUCUUCAACAGAUAAUUCGACGCAAGAUAGUGAAUCAACCUCUGAAGGUCCAUUAACCACAGAAUUAUCGACAGAAUCUUCAUCAGAUAUUUCGACCCAAGAUAGUGAAACAACCUCUGCAAGUCCGUUGUCCACAGAAUCAUCAGCAGAGUCAUCAUCAGAAAGUUCGACACAAGAUAGUAUAUCAACCUCUGAAGGUCCGUUGUCCACAGGAUCAACAUCUAUAGAUAGUGAACCAACCUCUGAAAGUCCGUUGACCACAGAACCAUCGACAGAAACUUCAGCAGAUAACUCGACGCAAGAUAGUGAAUCAAGCUCUGUGAGUCCAUUGGCCACGGAAUCAUCGACAAAAUCUUCAUCAGACAGUUCAACACAAGAUAGUGGAUCAACCUCUGAAGGUCCGUUGUCCACAGGAUCAUCUACCGAAUCUUCAUCAGGUAAGUCGACGGAAGACAGUGGGUCGAUCUCUGAAAAUCCGUUGACCACAGAGUCUUCAUCUGAAAGUUCGACACAAGACAGUGAAUCAACCUCUAAAGGUCCGUUGUCCACAGAAUCAUCAACAGAAACUUCAUCAGAUAGUUCGACGCAGGAAAGUGGAUCAUCCCCUAAAAGUCCGUUGACCACAGAACCAUCGACAGAAUCUUCAUCAGAUAAUUCGACGCAAGAAAGUGAAUCAACCUCUGAAGGUCCGUCCUCCACAGAAUCAUCAAUAGAGUCUUCAUCAGAAAGUACGACACAUGAUAGUAUAUCAACCUCUGAAAGUCCUUUGUCCACGGGAUCAUCAACGGAAUCUUCAUCAGAUAAGUCGACGCAAGAUAGUAGAUCAACCUCUGAAGGUCCGUUGUCCACAGGAUCAUCUACCGAAUCUUCAUCAGAUAAGUCGACGGAAGACAAUGGGUCGAUAUCUGAAAAUCCGUUGACCACAGAAUCAAUAACAGAGUCUUCAUCGAAAAGCUCGACACUAGAUAGUGAAUUAACCUCAGGAAGUCCGUCCACAAAAUCAUCGACAGAAUCUUCAUUAGAUAAGUCGACGCAAGAAAGUGAAUCAACCUCUAAAAGUUUGUUGACCACAGCAUCAUCAUCAGAUAGUUCGACGCAAGGCAGUGGAUCAACAUCUGAAAGUCCAUUGACCACAAAAUCAUCAACAAAGCCAUCCACUGGUAGCACACCGUGCACCCCGUCCCCAACUCCACAGAGUUCAACAACUACAACUAAAGGAAAUAUUUGCUCUACUAGAUCAACACCGUGCACCAACGAUAGGAAUCCAAAAAGUUCGACGCAGGGUAAGGUAGGUAGAACAUCAACUUUAGAACACUCUAUGGAAAGAACGACCAGAUACCAAGAAGAAAGGACUGAUUGCAGCAACUUGCCAAAUGGAGUCUACCUAAGGGACGCUCAGUCAUGCAAUAAAUAUUAUGUAUGUUUGAAUGGAAAGCCGAUUCCCGGCCACUGCCCCAGAAAUCUGAACUUUGACAUUAAGAGGAAGGUCUGCAAUUUUGCCAGUCUGGUAGAUUGCUCUAUCGAUAAGGUUCUGGAAUCUGUUAAGUCGACGCAAAAAAGUGAAUCAACCUCUGAAGGUCCGUUGCCCACAGAAUCUUCGCUAGAAAGUUCGAGGCCAGUUGGUGGACCAAACUCUGAAAGUCCUAUGUCCACAGGAUCAACACAAUCUUCAUCAGAUAAGUCGACGCCACAUAGUAAAUCAACCUCUGAAAAUACGUUGUCCUCACAAUCAUCGACAGAAUCUUCAUCGGGUAAGUCGACGCAAGAUAUUGGACCAACCUCUAAAAUUCCGUGGACCACAACAUCAUCAUCAGAUAGUUUGAGGCAAGGCAGUGGAUCAACAUCUGAAAGUCCAUUGACCACAAAAUCAUCAGCAAAGCCAUCGACUGGUACCACACCGUGCACCCCGUCCCGAACUCCACAGAGUUCAACAACUACAACUAAAGGAAAUAUUUGCUCUACUAGAGAAACACAGUGCACCAACGAUAGGAGUCCAACAAGUUCGACGCAGGGUAACGUGGGUAGAACAUCAACUUUAGAACACUCUAUGGAAGGAACGGCCAGUGACCAAGAAGAAAGAACUGAUUGCAGCAACUUGCCAAAUGGAGUCUUCCUAAGGGACGCUCAGUCAUGCAAUAAAUAUUAUGUUUGUCUGAAUGGAAAGCCGAUUCCCGGCCAAUGCCCCAGAAAUCUGAACUUUGACAUCAAGAGGAAGGUCUGCAAUUUUCCCAGUCUGGUAGAUUGCUCUGUCGAUGAGGUUCCGGAAUCUGUUACGAGACCCUGGAGCCCAGAAUCUGGUCCUGACUGCAAGUCAUUAAAAAAUGGGGCUUACGUUCGGGAUUCACGGUCAUGCAGUAAGUUCUAUAUCUGCGCCAAUGGACGGGCUAUAUCUCGGCAGUGUCCUAGGGGUCUACACUUUGACCUGAAUUCGAACUUUUGCAAUUACCCGAGCCUGGUUCAGUGCUCAAUAGACGAGGGCCAGGCUGAUUUACAUCAGGCAUUGCUUACAGAUGAAGUAGUGGAUUGCAGCAAAGUGGAAGAGGAUACACGAUUCGGCGACAUCAAUCACCAUAAUAGGUAUUAUGUUUGCCUAAAGGGAAAGGCUGUUUUGCAUUACUGCACUCCCGGAAACUGGUUCGACCUCCGAAGUGGAAAAUGCCUCGAUGAGCGAAUGGCUAAGGUGAAAGAACCAAAGAAGCCUUAACUAUAAGUGACAUGAUCUUUAAUCUAGCUAUAGUAAUUUGGUGAUAGGGUUUAUUCAUAUAUAAAUAUAAUGGGUGACUGGGAAACAUUACAUGUAUCAUAUUUUUUUUAGAGUGGUUACUGACUAAAAAGUUACAAGCAGACUCUAGUACGACCUAGCCAGUUGAAGAGUAAAAUGGAAUUACUCGAUCUGUCUAGGAUUUAUUAAACUAAUAAAAAACUUACAAACUA